CAAUCAAGCCCUUAUGUUGGCACCAUUUCAAUAAAAAAAAAGAAGAAAAAGAACGUCAAAGUCGAAUUUUUUUAGUCGAGAAAUCAAAAAUUCAAAAUUGCAAGUUUUGCGAUAAUUAAAUUAGUUUUCGAAUCGAAAUCCUUGACACGAUAAACAAUAAAUUACGAUUGUUGAAAGGACGAACUAGUAACGUAAACGGGAUAAUGGAUGGUGAAUCGGAUGACGAUUCUACAUUUGACAAUGAGAAUGUCGAUUCGGGAAAUGUCUCUAGUGAUGGCGAUGAUUUUGCAAUGGAAAUCGAAAGCAAUAUAUCGAAGGAACGGCAAUCGGAACCAGAAGAAUAUCCAUUCGAAGUAUUGACCACGGACCAAAUUGUCCAGCACAUGGUGGAUAGCAUUCGGGAAGUGACUGCUGUAGUUGAGAUACCCGGCACAAUUGCUCGAAUUCUACUCAAUCAUUUCAAAUGGGACAAGGAGAAGCUAAUGGAACGAUAUUAUGAUGACGAUCAAGAUUGCUUCUUCCGUGAAGCACAUGUCAUCAAUCCAUUCAAUAAACCCAGCAAUGUUACAAAACCAAAGCUUAAAAAAUCGGGAACUGAAGAAUGCGAAAUUUGUUUCCUAUUUUUUCCGCCAAGCAUGAUGACCGGAUUGAAAUGUGGUCAUAAAUUUUGCACGGCAUGUUGGGGCGAAUAUCUAACCACAAAAAUUAUGGAAGAAGGAUUAGGUCAAUCGAUUGCGUGUGCCGCUCACGGCUGUGAUAUACUUGUGGAUGAUGUCACCGUAAUGAAUCUUGUGCCGGACGCUAGAGUGAAACUAAAAUAUCAACAUCUCAUAACGAACAGUUUUGUUGAGUGCAAUCGUCUGCUUCGCUGGUGUCCGUCAGCUGAUUGCACAUACGCGAUUAAGGUAAUGCACGUUGAAUCGAGACCCGUCGUAUGUAAAUGCGGGCACAUUUUCUGCUUUGAGUGCGGUGAAAAUUGGCACGAUCCGGUUCAAUGUCGCUUGUUGAAGAAAUGGAUGAAAAAAUGUGCAGAUGAUUCGGAAACAUCCACGUGGAUCGCUGCGAAUACGAAAGAAUGUCCAAAGUGUAAUGUUACUAUAGAGAAGGAUGGCGGAUGUAAUCACAUGAUAUGUAAAAAUCAAAACUGCAAACACGAUUUCUGUUGGGUGUGUUUGGGUUCCUGGCAACCUCAUGGCUCAUCUUGGUACAACUGCAACAGAUACGACGAGGACGAAGCUCGAGCAGCCCGUGAUGCCCAAGAGAAAAUGAGAUUUUCCCUAGCCAGAUAUCUUCACUACUACAAUCGAUACAUGAAUCACAUGCAAUCGCUUCGAUUCGAGAACAAAUUAUAUGCAGCAAUAAAGGCUAAAAUGGAGGAAAUGCAACAGCAUAACAUGUCUUGGAUUGAGGUCCAAUUUUUGAAGAAAGCUGUCGAUAUAUUGUGUCAAUGCCGUCAAACGCUGAUGUACACAUAUGUGUUUGCCUACUAUCUGCGAAAGAACAACCAAUCACUUAUCUUCGAAGAUAAUCAACGUGAUUUGGAAACAGCCACAGAAAAGUUGUCCGAAUACCUUGAACGAGAUAUUACAUCGGAGAAUUUGGCUGACAUAAAACAGAAAGUUCAAGAUAAAUAUAGAUACUGCGAAAAAAGGAGAAAUGUCCUACUAGUACAUGUUCACGAAGGUUACGAGAAAGAUUGUUGGGACUACACAGAAUAGAUAAAAAAGAGAUUGUUUGUUUUAUUGGAGUGAUUGAAAAUCACAAUAAAUUAUUAAUUAUUCUAAAACAAAAAAAAUUCAAAUAAUAAAAACAACCAACCAACCCAAGCGUAAAAUUAGAACCCUUCAUCAUUAUAUUUUCGUUCUAAUGGAAAUUUCUUUAAAA